AUGACGGAUGUUCAGAUUGACGCCAACUUGUUUUACAAGAGGUUGGCCAUAUUGCAGAAAACACUAGAGGAUGAGUCAAUCCCACAAGGAUUGGUCAUUGUUGGUGCUCGUAAUGACGACAACACGUACAAGAAAUCAACGGUUUUACAGAAUUGGCUAUUAGGGUACGAAUUUGUUCACACAGCAAUUUAUGUGUCGCCCACAAGAUGCAUUUUCAUUACGUCGGAAGGAAAAGCAAAGUACUUGAAAGGUUUGACCAAUAAGCCAGACACUGUUGAAUUGUGGACUAGAACCAAAGAUCCAGAGAGAAAUAAACAGUUGUUUGUCGAUUUGAUCACUGACAUGAAGAAGGUUAGUGAUGAAUAUGGCACUGUUUUGAAGGACAAGUAUGAAGGCAAAUUUGUUGAGGAAUGGACUGACGCAAGUAAAGAGUCCGGGUUCAGAGUAGUUGAUUUGGCAUUGACAUUAUCCAAAGCAAUGGAGAUCAAGGAUUCGGAAGAGUUUGAAAAUACUAAAAUUGCUUCCAAUGCUAGUGUGGCUAUGAUGGACACAUUUGUUAAUGACAUGACUGCUAUUGUUGAUGAAGACAAAAGAGUGACAAACUCUCAAUUGACCGAUCAAAUUGAGGACAAAAUCGAUAACAACAAAUGGUACUUGCGGUCCAAAUUGGGUAAAAGUUUACUUCAACCGAUAAAAGGUUUCGAUCCCGAGUUUUUGGAAUGGUGUUACUCACCAAUCAUUCAAAGUGGCAGUGAAUUUGACUUAAAGCCAAGUGCGGUUUCUAAUGAGAAGGUGUUGGUUGGUGACGGUGUCAUCUUGUCCUCGAUUGGUUUGAGGUACAAAUCAUAUUGUGCCAACGUUGGAAGGACAUUUCUAAUUGAUCCAUCGAAAGAGAUGGAAAACAAUUACAACUUUUUGUUGAAAUUGCAACAAUAUGUCACCACUGAAUUGUUAAAGAGUGAUGUCAAGGCAAGUAAGGUGUAUCAAGAUACUUUGGAGUACAUCAAAAAGGAAAGACCAGAUUUAGUAGACAAAUUCCCCAAGAACUGUGGUUGGUUGAUUGGAAUUGAAUUCAGAGACUCUACUUUUAUCUUGAAUGCUAAAUCGGAAAGAGUCUUGACUGAUGGCCAAAUAAUAUCCCUAACUCUUGGAUUCCAAAACUUGCCAAACAAGGACAAGACAUAUUCCAUUCUUUUGACAGAUACGUUCAAAAUCAGUGUCGAUAAGCCCAUUUUGUUGACAAAUUAUCCCAAAGCACAGCUGGAGGUGUCAUUUUAUUUUAAUGAUGAAGACGAAGUGAAGAAGAGCUUUAAACCUGAGAGAAAACCAGCUGAGAAUCUUGAUGGAUCACAUAAAACAAGACACCAAAAUGUCAAUGAGGAUGACAAGAAUGCUGAAAAGAUUAGACAAGAAACGCAAUUGAAGUUGCAUGAAAAGAGGACUGAAGAAGGGUUGGCAAGAUUCUCCAAGGCUGAUGCCACUGAUGCAUCAGACUACAAGCCAAUAUUCAAGAAAUAUGAAUCAUAUGUACGUGAGUCCCAGAUCCCAAGCAGUGUCGCAGAUUUGAAGAUACACAUUGAUUACAAGAACCAAACAAUCAUCUUGCCAAUCUCAGGAAGACCGGUGCCAUUCCACAUCAAUGCUUACAAGAGUGGGUCCCAAAAUGAAGAGGGAGACUAUACUUAUCUUAGAUUAAACUUUAAUUCUCCUGGAGCUGGAGGUAACGUCACCAGGAAAGCAGAAUUACCGUAUGAAGACUCGCCUGAUAAUACAUUCUUGAGAUCCAUCACUGUCAGAUCUAAAGAUCGUGAUCGUAUGGUUGAUGUUUUCAAAGCAAUUCAAGAUUUGAAGAAGGACUCGGUAAAGAGAGAGCAAGAGAAGAAACAAAUGGCUGAUGUUGUUACUCAAGCAAAUCUUGUUGAAUUGAAAGGGUCGAGAGUGAAGAAGUUGGAGAAUGUGUUUGUGAGACCUACGCCUGAGACGAAAAAAGUGGGUGGUGUGUUGCAAAUCCACGAGAAUGGGUUGCGUUAUCAAUCCAGUUUCAAAAUGGAUCAAAAGAUUGAUGUUUUGUUUUCCAACGUGAAAAACUUAUUUUUCCAACCAUGUAAAGAUGAAUUGAUUGUUCUUAUACAUUGUCAUUUGAAAAAUCCAAUUAUGAUUGGUAAGAGGAAAACAUUUGAUGUCCAGUUCUAUCGUGAGGCUAGUGAUAUGGCGUUUGAUGAGACUGGAGGCAGGAAGAGAAAGUAUAGAUAUGGGGAUGAAGAUGAAUUGCAACAAGAGCAAGAGGAGAGAAGAAGAAAAGCAUUGUUGGAUAGAGAAUUUAAGCAAUUUGCUGAGCUUAUUGCUGAUAGUUCAAAUGGGCUUGUUGAUUUAGAUAUACCAUUUAGAGAAUUGGGUUUCCAAGGUGUACCAUUCAGGUCGUCGGUUUUGUGUAUCCCAACAAGAGAUUGUCUUGUGCAGUUGAUUGAUCCACCAUAUUUGGUUGUGGCCUUGGAAGAAGUUGAAAUUGCCCAUUUGGAAAGAGUUCAAUUUGGACUCAAAAACUUUGAUUUGGUAUUUGUGUUUAAAGAUUUCGCCAAACCGGUUGUUCAUAUCAACACCAUCCCCAUGGAAACACUUGAGGAUGUCAAGAACUGGUUAACUGACGUUGACAUUCCAAUCAGUGAAGGUCAAAUGAAUUUGAAUUGGGCUCAAAUUAUGAAGACAGUUCAGGCUGAUCCUUAUCAAUUCUUUUUAGAUGGUGGAUGGUCAUUCUUGACUGGUACUGGGGAAUCGGACGAAAGUGAAGAAGAUGAACAAGAAAGUGAAUUUGAAGCUAGCGACGAAGAUCCGCAAGAUGAAAGUGACGUAAGUGAAGAGUAUGGUAGUGAAGAAGAAAGUGAUUUUUCAGGAAGCGGAAGCGGAAGUGGAAGUGAAGCUGAGAGCGAAGAGAGUGGUGAGGAUUGGGAUGAAAUGGAGAGAAAAGCUGCCAAAGCCGAUCGACAAUCAGCAUUUGACUGA